GCGAGUGCUCCAGAUCCUCCAUUUUCCUGGCAAUUGGGUCGCUGCGCUCAGGAAUACCGAGGGCUGCCGAGACCGCCUUGCUGUUUGAGUUGUGUUUUUCCGAUUUGCCUAAUAUUUUUCUCUUGGGAACAUGCAAUGGAGUCAAGCAUUGGAUCUAUUAUCAACAAAGUGCAUUCUGUGACUUAAUUGUAUCUCUGUGCUUUUGGAAUACACCGGUUGUUGAGGUGAACUGUGUUUUUUUAAUAGUGCUGAUAAGUACUUUCAAACGUUUGAUUUUUCGGUUGUUCUUUGAGAAGUUCUAGUGAGUGACAGAUUUAACAAUGGAGGCUCACGCUCACCCAGAAAAGGAUUGUGGAGUUUUGGGCAGUUUGUUCCAGACUGUUGUCAAUGACAUGAGGGGCAGUACACCACUAUGGGAGGAUUUUACAUACAAAUCUAUGAAACUUCAUUCAUCUUUGAAAACUACUGUGGUGGCAAUUGGAGCCUUUCUGGAAGCCUUUCAAAAGGUGGCGGAUAUGGCUACUAGCUCUAAAGGUGCCACACGUGAGAUCGGCUCUGCCCUGACCCGGCUGUGCAUGCGGCACCGGAGUAUUGAGUCACACCUGAAGGUCCUCACCAGGACAACGAGGUAAAGCUGCUGACAGAGAUCUCUCACAUCAACGAGAUCAUGGACAGCUUAUGCAUGCAGGCCAGUGAGCCCUCUGUGCUGCCAGCCUCCAGCGAGCAGGUCAUUGUAGACCUCAAGGGCGUGGACAACUCUGCUUGGAACUUCAACCAGCAGAACUCUCCUCCCAGCUCCCCGUCAUCGCUGGGCUCUCGCAAGUCGAGUAUGUGCAGCAUCAACAGUAUUAACAGCAGCUCCAGUGGCUCCUCCAAGUCACACUCGCCCAGCCACACCAUGCACAAACGCACCACCUCACAGCCUCUGGUGGGUGCCAUCCGCUUGACCAGCGUCAGUUCCCAGGACUCGGGGUUCACGUCCCAAGACACCCUGUUUCUACGCCCUAACACUCCACAGUCCCUCAGCCUCUACCAGACUUCUACUACCCAGGAGCGUGAUGAGGGUGACUGCGACUCCACCCCAACCACUCCCUCGGACAACACGCCCAGUGCCAGUUCCACAUGGAACAACUGGCCCAACCUGCCAGGAACCCCACGCACAGACCCAGCACGUCCACACACCAUCAGCUCUGCCUAUGAGAAAGGACACACCAGACCAGCCUUGAAGCCAGACAUGUUUGAGCCGCCCCAGGAAGGUGUAGAGAUGCGACCCAAGACCCUGCGGUCCCAGAGCCAGACCAGCAGCGGAGGUCGCCCCUCGGCCACCAUCAGCAAGCUGCAGCCUGUGCUGCCCCCACACUGCCCUAAGCCCAAGGUCAAGGCUGUGGCUCCUCCCAUGUUACCCCCAGGUGCCCAGCCCAUCUAUGCCAACAUGGCGGAGCUGUCGGGCAAGAAUGGCCAGUCGUCUGACCCGUCCUCCCCUGAUGAUGGUGAACCGACCACGCCCACCACACCGGCCAGCGUGUCCAUCACUCAGGGGGAACAACUGCUCAAGUCACCAAAGGGCAUGAUGGAUCUCCAAACGGCCAUCGAGCAGAUGGACCUGUGCACGGCGUCGCUCAAUGUGGAGGAUGAGCCUAUCGCCUCAGACACUAGUGAGGAGGUGACUCCUCGCUCCAGCUUGGAUGACCCUCAGGUCGGAGGUCACGCUGAGGCGGGCGAAGUAUCUGCGGACGAUUUGGUGCUGGUCACCAAGCCCAAGAUACAGCAGAACACAAGUCUUGAACUGGCCAAAGCCAUCCGAGAGCUGGAAGCAAGCACUGCGGCCUUGACCUCAGCCUAUGACACGGACAACUACGCCACAACCACUGGGCAGACAGCAGCAGCGGCCAACAGCACAGGGCCCGUCUGCGACACAGACAGCUACACCAGCAAGAGUUCUCUCCCUUGCUCCUCAGGCUAUGGCACAAUGGCCAGCACGCCGGCAGGCUCAGAGGACACCAUCGCCUCGGGAGACUGCAGCAUGCCCCCAGCAGACAGCAUGAGCUCUGAGAAGUAUUUCACCAUUCCACGGAGUGGAGAGGCCAGCUUGGCCUAUCGUGCGGCUCUGGCCUCCAUGCGGCCUGCCUCCACUGCAGGUAUCCCCGUGUCUGGCACGAAUGUCUCAAGACGUUGUUCCGUCAACUCCCAAAAGCCCCCACCUCCAGUAAGACGAACAGCCUCGGUGACAGGGUCAACUCCAGUCCAUGUUCAGAAACUUCGGAACUCGCCCCCACGGCAGUUGUCGGCCGACGGAGUCGAAGACGUGUACGCCAUGGGUGGUGGGGAGGGAAUGGUGGAAGGUCCUUAUGCUGAGCUGCAGCUGAUCCAGCAGUCUAUUCAUGGUGCGGGGGGAACAAGGCCGGGGCCUGCCACACCCACCAAACCCACACAGCGCCCGCCUGGGAUGGGCAACUCUCAUGGACCAGGGGCACCAGUGCCUCCCUCUACUCAGGAGCCCGUCGCCACGGCAACAGUGAUCCAGAGCCUCAAUGCUAAGUUUGCUUCUCUGAACAGCCAGUACCAGGAUGGGGUGGAGGUGGCGCCAGAAGGCGUGGCUGGAGUGGUCAGUCCUGGAGGUGGACCCAAGGGCCAGAAGCCAGCACCUCCUGCCGUCAUGCAAAAGCCUGUCCGAUCGGGGAUCCCCCCUCCUCCAUCAGUCAUUGCUGCACAGCAGGCUCACCCACGUGUGCAGCAGCAACAUCCACAGCAGCAGCAGCAGCAGCACUACUACCACCCCCAUCAACAACAACAGCGGCCAAACGACCACCUCGGAGGCCAUCCCUCCGCAGCAGGGAGAGGUGCUCACCCUCAAGACCCUAGACGCUCAGCCCAUGGACACCCUGGGCACCAGCAACAACAUCAUCACAACCAGCAACCGCGACAGCUUCAGCAUGGCAAGAGCUGGCAUGGACAUCCACAGCAGCAGCACCGGCCUCACCAGCAACAGCUACAGCAGCAGCUCAGUCACUCGGGACAUUACGCAGAGGCCAACGCUCACCUCCAACACCAACACCAACAGCACCAUCAACACCAGCAACGACAACAACACCGCGUGUCCGGCGGAGAGGAAGACUUUCCGCUACCUCCCACAGCAGAGGAGUUGCAGGAAAUGGAGCGGAUAUACAGCCGCCCGCCUCCCAUUGGGCCCUCAGUACAAGCGCCUGUUGGACAGAGAGUACAGCAGAAGCGACAGCCUGCCAUGCACUCGCAGCAACAACAACAACAACAGCAGCAGCAGCAGCAACAGCAACAACAGGCUCCUCAAGGAAACGCUGUUCCAGCCUCGUUGUUAAUGGAGCUGAAGCGGAGAGUUUCUGUAGACGAUUCCUCCAAUGCGUAGACUUGACAUUUUAUGAUUGUAGAUGGACUGUGUGAGAUGAUGGAAACAGGGAAAAACCUUGGCAGACUUUUGUUGAACUGUCAGGUCUUUUUUUGUUUGUUUGUGUUUAUGAAAUGAGCACGCUUUUGUGCAGGGCACAACGUUUCUCAUUUUUCUGGUACCGGAAGAGAGAAUCGGUACAGGCUAAGCCUCACUUUGAAUCCGGCAUGUGUGGUGCUGGUGUGUUGAUAAUGUGCAAUGUGGGAGGGGCUGGAGGGUGUGAGUUGUGUCUGAGGUUAGAGGCUGAGAAGUUCCAGGGAGAUGCUGCCAGAUGUGUAUGGAAAUGUGGCUAGUUGUCUGCUGAUUGUGUCAGCUGACUGUUGGUGAUUGUAUUAUUGGUUGGUGACUUCCUUUGUACCUUGUACUCUCUCCUCUAGGGCCAUCCACCCGUGUAUUGAAUGACAUGUUGCUGAUGAAAUAGUAGUUUAUAAGUAGUGUGUAUGUACAGUGUACAGAAAUCCAGGGGACUCGUUGCAGGCCAGGCCGACUAUGGGGGCUGUGUUGUGGUUGUGAACUCGCUCCUCAGAGAAAUCCUGAGUUUCAAUGUUGAAUGACAUCACAACUAGACUUGCCUUCUACACUACAAGUCGCACCAAGGGCACAUCUUAUGAGAGCAGCGCCGCAUCUUUAACGCUAGCCCUGUCCUUGUCUCAGACCGGUGUGCGUGUGUGGACAGAUCGCUGCUUCUUCACGUUGCUCCCCUAGACAACAGACCCAAGUUGUAAUCUGACAUAGAACCGAGUUCGUUAAUGCUACUUGCCAAGAGAACAUGAAAGAGAAAAUGAAGAUGAGAUGUGACCAUUUCCAAUUAAUAGUGUAGAGCUUUGUCGUAACCAUAGAUCAGUAUAUCAAUAUCAUCAGUGGUGUUGGGUCCAACCUUACAGACUCCUAGGUGCGCUUUAAAAUUUUCAUGGUUUUAUCCAGAACUUCAUGCUUUACAUCAUCUAUUUAUGUACCUGUACCCUAAAGCUAAUAGAAAUAUGUUGCAAAACUCAAAUUCCAUUGAAAUAACUAACUGCGGGCGGGGAGUUGUCUCUCUUAAAAUAAGGCUCUCAAGAGAAGGCCACUUUUUGACCCACUCCCCCAUUGUUGUGCUUAUGGUACAAAUAAGGGCGACUGAAUAAAAAAAGUUGGGAUUGCUUUUUUAAUUUGAUUUUUCUUCCACUCGGGAAGGAUGAUCUAUGUCAGGUGCCUAUCACUUGUCUAGUUUGAUUCCUAUGUUGAUAUCAGUGCCAGCUCCAGUUUGAAUUAUCCCAAGUUCCACUGGAUGGUUUGAUCUUUUCCAGUGCAUGAUACGGAAAAUGAGUUAUACAAAUGCUCAUCAGUUUGUUGGGUUUUUUUCUCUCUGUUAGGGAGAACUGUGCUUUUGAAAAAAUGUUAAUAAAACAGCAAGUUGUAAAUUUUGUUGAGUUUUACAAAUAAAAUAAAAAAUAUCUGGCUGUUAGUGUUAUAGUUUGAGUGUACGUCUUAACUAAAGCUCUUACACUUACAUAUUCACCUGAACCCAAGGCAUCCAGCCAGGCAGGAUUCAGUUUUCAUCUAAUAGACUUUCAAAUAAUAGGUUAGCUGUGCUCUAUUUUUUUCCUCUCUUUCUGCUUGGUAACAAAAAAUUGCCUGAUCAUGUGAUCAGUGCUGCGUACAGACAUUGAGACUACCAUGGGGAAGGGGUGUUGCCUGUAUAUAGUUGUCCUGUUGUGUUACUUGCAAAUUGCUUUGAAGAGAAUCAAACCGGCGUAAUUAAGAAGUUCUUUCCAUGCAUCGCACAAACUGUUCUGAACAAGAGAUUGCAGAGGUUUCUUCAUCUUUAUGGGCAUUAUUAUAAUUUUCAUACAUGCAUAUUUUAUUUCCGAAUGUGGGGGAUGGAAAAUAUUUUUAUGCUUUGCAUUUGAAUUAAACUCUUCAGUAUGCUUUUACAAUUUACAAUUGUGUUGUAACGUUUCACCUGCACAGUUUCAGCUGGAGAAAUUUAAGUCCCUAACUGUUUGUUUUAUAAAGAGGCUGAACUGUCUUGCAAUUAAUGAUUUCAUUGAGACUAGACAUUCGAUUGUUUUCUUGAUACUGCUAUUUCUGUACUUAAAUAUGUACAGGUUAUGUAUUUCUAGUGCUCGGAAAUCCCAGAGGUGGUUUCCAUGUUUGGUAGUAUUUUCAGUGACCUGGGAGAUAACACAGUGCUUUUGGCUGGCCUUGGUUUCUAUUAUUGUGUAAAGAAUGUUGGAAUGGGAAAACUUGAAAGAGAUUCUAAUUGUAUCGUUAACAUCAAUUGACAUUUUCAGUCUUAAGUCACUCAAGUGCUUGCUCGCAUUAUUUUGUUUUUCAAGCUGUUGAAAAGUCGCAGAGAUUGGAGCAGAUGCAACAUGCUGUCCAGCAGGAAAAGGAUAAAGAUCUGAUUGGUGGACUCAUCGGUCUGUGUCAAAAUAAUGUCAAGGAUGUUGAGCUUAGCAUUGAGGAAUAAACUGUGGUUCACUUUUAUCAACAUCUGGGCUGUGAAUUGCUACAUCUUUUUGGUUUGUUUGUUCUCAUUGACUGUUGGAAUAUUCUCCGUGACAAGUUUACUUUUCAUAUUGCUGAAUAAUCUUUUUGCAACAGAGGAUGAUCUUGUGGUCUUCAGCAUAACUUUGCUGCUUAGUCUGUUUUUUUAAGAUGAACCCACAAUCUGUUGCUAACAAGCUUCAGUAUACAGUCAUAGUUUUUUCUUCUUGUUGGCUCCAAACUUUUGACUCCCAGACCUCUGGCUCUACCAAGACUUGAUUCUAGCUCUGUUACAUCACAUUGAAACUCAGAACUUUAUUUUUCUCAAUCUACAUUGUUGCUGCAUUGUGAAGAGUCAGCCACAAUUUACAUAAUUUAGCAUUACAAUCUACUCUCAAAGUUUCAUGGAAGAUGCAUCGAUUCUCACUGGGAUUGAUUUGUUAAUAUUCGCUUUGUGCUUUGGUGAAUGAAACUGGUGAUGAGGAAAUUGGGGUCUGUGUAUGUCUCGUUCAGUAGUUUGUGUCUCUGCAGCAGCUAUAUUGGCACGAUCAUGAUUCUGAAGGAACUUGAUGGCCAGAGAACAGUGUUACAGGCUGAUUGCUUAAUCUGUAACAGUUUAUAGGUCAUAAACUAUGCAGGUGUGGACUUUUUGGGGGAAAAGUUCUAUGUUGGCUUUUACUCAGUUAUGGUUGCUUAAGAUUAAGAAUCCUUCGUUCAUCCCAUUAUUUUGUAUUUCUUGCUAUAAGAUCCAAGUUGAAUCCACAAACUUAUACUCAUGAAUUCUGCACUCAGUACUGGGAAAGAAAAGCCCGGUAGAUUUCACAUAUACCUAAUUAUAUAUAUCGGAAAUUUUAUAUGACUACUCCAGAGAAUGCUUUCAUUUGCCAUUGACUCACGAAUGUGUCACUUUUGUUCUCAGAUCUGUUAGACAUCUCAUGAAAAAAAUCUGACUAUAUGCUUGCUCUGUGUAUUUAUUUGUUCAGUUUUAUUUCCAAAGAUAAUUUUCAGUUUGGUUUUGAAUGUUUUAUUAUAGCAACAGCAUCACCAACAACCGUAUACUUGCAGUUGUUGAAACAUUCGGAUCUGUCUACAGGAACUCUUUUCAGAUUGUCAGAAAAAGUUUGAUGCAAAAAGUUU